AAGAUACUGUUAUCAUUCCAUUCUCCAGCCCCUGGGAUUUAGGCUAGCUUUAGUUAAGCUGUCGCUGGUUAUUCAGGUGCCACAGACAUUAACCUCCUUAAGAAAAGGGAAUGGGAAUACUUUAUGCCUGUAACAAAGUUACACCUUAAAUUCUUAGUGCUUAACUACCAAGACUUUGGAGAGGAUCCUACGGAGUACUGCUUGGCAAGUUGGCAUAUGCAUGUGGGGAUUUGAAGCGGGCAAGAGACAAGUAUCUGUUCUGCUAGUUCUCAUAGACAGAUCCUUAUACAUAGAUAUGGGUGAAUCUCUCGUUAUUAAUAAUACUGAUCUUCUGUUGCUCCUCUAAGCUCUAUCCGUUGUCAAAGGGAUGUUCUGAACUGUAACUAACUGGUAGGUAGGCACAGUAAGUUGUGAACCUGCAGCUGACAGGCGGGGUGUGAUGCUUUUGCAGCCUCAACUCCGCUUCCACAACCACAACCACUCACUCCUCACAUCCUGCACCACCACCACCACCACCACCACCAACCACCACACACCACUACCACUAACUACUAGUUACCACCAACAUCUAGUGCACUCUUGCUCCCAGUCUCAACCCCGUUCCUCAUCCUCGUGAAGCUUGCUCCACAGCGAGCUGGUCUGAUAUACUUCGCUCCUGCGCUAGCUACUGCUACCCAUCCCAUCCGUUACCCCGAUACACCCCCAGGCGCGUUGCCUCAGGCUUAUCUCCUCCCCCUUACGGCGCACCUUGUCGAGUUAUCUUGUCGGUCACAGACUCUCUCACCCAAGCGUUGGCCGGUCCUCUUCGGUGUUUUCUUCCCCAAGAGUCCGGUUCUUUACUAAGCCCAAACCCUUAGGGGAGACUCUGGCUGAAGACGCAAAGUCGAAAAACCCCAAACUUCCAAACGGAAUUUCGGAGGCCAAGGGAACGCUUCGAAGCGCCAUGGCUGGAGCGGAGGAUGCGAACUUCAACUCCAACUCGGAUCCCAACUCUAACCCGCCUCAGACGGUCCACAAAGGCAUAACCUUUGCAAACCAAGACUCGCUCCCCAAGCUCCCGAUCCCAGAUCUCGAAACCACAUGCACCAGAUAUCUGGAGUGUCUGGCUCCUUUACAGUCCGCUAGGGAGCAGGAGGAGACGAGAGCCGCUGUACACGAGUUUCUCAGGACAGACGGCCCGGAAUUACAAAAUAAGCUGAAGAAAUAUGCUACGUCGAAGUCGAGUUAUAUUGAGCAAUUUUGGUACGAUUCUUAUUUGAAUUAUGACAAUCCUGUUGUCCUCAAUCUCAAUCCAUUUUUCCUCUUGGAGGAUGAUCCCACUCCUUCCAGGAACAACCAGGUCACUCGCGCAGCGUCGUUGGUAGUGUCCGCGCUAUCGUUCGUUCGAGCUGUUCGAAGAGAGGAGUUGGCUCCCGAUAUAGUCCGUGGGAAACCACUUUGCAUGUUUCAAUAUUCGAGAUUAUUUGGCACAGCACGAGUCCCAACGGAGAAUGGGUGCAUCAUUGGUCAAGAUUCGGCUGCUAAACAUAUGGUGGUCCUAUGCCGAGGCCAAUUUUACUGGUUCGACGUUCUUGACGAAAAUAAUGACCUUCUUAUGAGUGAAAGGGAUAUCUCUCUUAAUCUUCAAGUAAUUAUCGAAGAUGCAGAGCAGACGCCAAUCCAGGAGGCUGCUAAGGGGGCGCUUGGCGUGCUCAGUACGGAGAAUCGGAAAAUCUGGUCAGGCUUGAGAGAUAUCCUGACCAAAGAUCCGGGAUCUAACAAUGCGGAGUGUUUGAAUAUCGUCGAUACUGCUCUAUUUGUUUUGUGUCUGGAUUCUACAGAACCGUCAAACACUGCUGAGCUAUGCGCCAAUAUGCUAUGCGGGACCAAUGAGGUGGUGAAAGGUGUACAGAUAGGAACCUGCACAAACCGAUGGUAUGACAAGCUGCAGAUCAUCGUCUGCAAGAACGGUAGUGCCGGGAUCAACUUUGAACAUACUGGUGUCGACGGUCAUACUGUGCUCCGAUUCGCCAGUGACGUCUACACCGACACGAUCCUACGGUUUGCCAGGUCGAUUAACGGCCAGGCCCCUAGUCUGUGGGCAACCACAAGCCCUCCACCAUCAAAGCGCAGCCCCGAAAGUUUUGCAUCGAAUGUAAGCACAACCCCACACAAACUCGAGUGGGACAUGGGCCCGGAACUCAGCAUCGCCCUUCGAUUCGCCGAAUCGCACCUUGCGGAUCUAUUACAUCAGCACGAAUUUCAAGUCCUCGACUUUAACGGCUACGGGAAGAAUUUCAUCACCUCAAUGGGCUUCUCGCCUGAUGCAUUCGUUCAAAUGGCGUUCCAAGCCGCUUACUACGGCCUCUACGGCCUAGUAGAGAAUACGUACGAGCCAGCGAUGACCAAGUUCUUCCUCCACGGGCGCACGGAGGCAGUCAGAACCGUAUCCCACGAAUCCGUCGAGUUUGUGCGAACGUUCUGGGACGAGCGUCCCGCAGCGGAGAAAGUAGCGGCCCUCCGAAAAGCUACAGAAAAACACACCGCAGUUACCAAGAUCUGCUCGCAAGGCAAGGGUCAAGACCGACAUCUCUACGCCCUCUACUGCCUCUGGCAGCGCUCCUUCGAUGAUGGACCACCGAGUGCGAACGGCUAUUCGAGCCCCGUCGAGAAUGGUUCAAAGGUCGACCCCUCUUCGCCGCUACCAGCACAGGGCUCCACCACCGUCUCCCGCCCAUCUUCCUCAUCUGGCGACGGCGUAUCCUCCAGUUACUCCACCAGCAGCUCGCGCAACAUCCGUCUCCAACAACUCGCCCACACCCCGGCCCUCUUCAACGACGCCGGCUGGGACAAAAUCAACAACACGAUCCUCUCCACUUCCAACUGCGGCAACCCCUCGCUGCGCCACUUCGGCUUCGGCCCCACCUCCGGCGACGGCUUCGGCAUCGGCUACAUCAUCAAAGAUGACUCGAUCUCCAUCUGCGCCUCGUCCAAGCAUAGACAGACAACCCGCUUCAUCCAGUCCCUCGAAGCGUAUCUGUACGAGAUUCGCAAGCUGCUGCGCUCGACGCAGCACAAACCCGUCGUCCCCAGUAGUGUGCGCGAGCGGCAGAUGGAUGCGGAGGCUCGCAGUGCGCCGCUGGCGGUGACGCUUGGAGAGCGGGUGAAGGGAAAGGGAAGGAUGGUGAGGGUUGCUCCGCAGCAUGUGGUUGGUGGGGGGAGGGGAGGGGAGACGCCGAUGACGGAUAGUGCGGAGGCGGAGGCGGAGGAUGAUGGGAUGGGUGGAUAUGGGUUCUUCGAUGCCGGGAUGCUGCUAUAUGCGCUUAAGGGGCUGCAGGCAGAUAGAGAUCGGGAUAAGCCUCCGAAGCGGAAGCUGGUAGGGAAGGUGUUGAAGUUGAAUGAGUAUUGAUUGAUUGACUGAUUGGUUGGUUGGUUUUGAUUAUGUUGAUUGUGUCUUUUGGUUUUCGGCUUUGAUGUGAUGAUGACCAUAUUAAUAUAAAUAUUGCAUAUCACUACCGGGCAUCAUUGGUCUUGUUUCUUGCUUGACUUGCUCUGCAACAGUACAUAGCAUAGGUUUUACAUCUUAUUGUAGCAUACCAAAUAAUAUCUAUAUAUAUAUACUCUUUCUCCGUUAGAUUAUCGGUUUACUUUAUUAUUUUCCUCUCUAGUUUUCCGUGUAGCAAUAGUAGUACACUAUAGUACAGUACAG